GAUAGCUCUCUUCUGCAUCCAGUUAGUCAUUCCGUUUAGUCGUGAACCAUCCUUCUCUCGUUUCGCUUAAACGAACUCGUCUCGUUUUAAAACUCGUCGUGAGAGUACAGUCUGAAAGCAACAAUAAGAAGAUUCGAAGAUGUUAUUUUUUAUAUUGGUGGCGUUUUUCGCUACCAUGACUCAAGCAGGAUGUCCUAUGAGGCCAACAACGGGACAAACUUCCGCUGGGAGAACACCCGGAGAUGGUGGAUAUAGAAUACUUAUCAGUGGUACUUCCGAUAAGUACAUCCCUGAUGCAGUGUACACCAUUAGUCUCCGAGGAUCAAGAACGCACGAACGUCUUCAACAAUUCACACGUUUUACACUUUCCGUGCAUUCGCAGUACGCCCCAAACAAUCCAACAGUUCGCGUAGGUUACUUUCAAUUAUUUUCCGACGCUCUGACAACUUUUAAUGAGGAUUGCAUCAACACCAUCUCGGAAGCUACGGAUUAUCCGAAAUCUGAGAUCCAAGUUAUGUGGAAAGCACCACCGACUGGAUCAGGCUGUGUCAUCUUUACUGCUAUGAUCUUGGAAAAUAAUGUCAGGUGGUACGCCGAGGAUGAAGGUCUGACAAAGACCUUCUGCGAAAUGACUCCUAAAGAAGUUGAACAAUUAAGCGAUAAUAAAUGCUGUGCUUGCGACGAAGCUAAAUAUUCGCUUACCUUCGAAGGCAUUUGGUCGAACCAAACACAUCCUAAAGAUUUUCCAUCAUCUGCAUGGUUAACGCACUUCAGUGAUUUGAUCGGUGCAUCUCAUGAGACAGAGUUUUCAUUUUGGGGUAGAGAUCAUAUAGCUACAGAUGGUUUUAGGCAACUAGCCGAAUGGGGUUCAGCAUCAGGUGUAGAAAAUGAACUAAGAAGUCAAGCUACUAAAUUGAGAACACUUAUAAAGGCUGCUGGUCUUUGGUAUCCCAAUGUAAACACCAAUACCAGUACGAGUUUUAGGGUAGACAGAAAACAUCCUCUUCUUUCAAUAGCUUCAAUGUUCGGGCCCUCACCCGAUUGGGUAGUUGGUGUAAGUAAAUUAAAUCUUUGUCAGAAGGAUUGCACUUGGACAAAAAGUAUGAUAGUUGAUCUUUAUCCUUGGGAUGCUGGCACGGAUAAUGGUAUUUCUUACAUGUCUCCAAAUUCCGAGACAAAGCCGAGAGAAAAAAUGAAGCCAAUUACGACCUCCUAUCCGGAAGACCCUAGAUCACCGUUCUACGAUCCAACGGGUAGACCCAUGCUUCCAUUAGCAAGAUUGUAUCUCGACAGAGAUAAAAUCAUUCAACGUGGUUGCGACGAAGAAAUACUUCAACGACAAGUACAAGAAUUAGAGGUUGCUGAAAAUAACGAGGACACGUCCAAACCCGAGUGUCAAACGACGGAUUACUCGUCAUGGUCGCCGUGUUCCGUAAGCUGUGGUAAAGGAUUAAGAAUGCGUACGAGGGAAUACAGGAUGCCAGAAAAGGCAAAGAUGUUCAACUGUAACAGACAACUCGUUUCUAAGGAGAUGUGUGUGGCUAAUUUAGCCGAGUGUCCAGGUGAAGAGGAAGAUGAUAAUUAUACUUUGUUAGUACCAAAUAAUAAUGCUGUGUGCGAGACCACUGAUUGGAGCGAAUGGUCAGAAUGUUCUUCUACGUGUGGUAUUGGUAUUAAAAUGAAAACCAGAAAGUUCAAGGAUCAUAUGGGCCGUAAAUUUUGUCCUCUCGUUUCUCUGGUAGAAAAAGAUAAAUGUAUGGGACCACCUUGUCUAACUACGGAAAUAAUCGAUCCCGAUUGUAAAGUUACUGAAUGGUCAGAUUGGUCACCUUGUAGUGCAUCCUGUGGAAAAGGUGUUAAAUUAAGAACGAGAUUGUUAUUAGUAGAUCCAACGAUGCAAGAACACUGUUCAUCGCGUGUCGAAUUGUUACAACAACGACAUUGUCUUAUUCAAGCUGAUUGCACCUUUGAUAUGGCAACAGCGAAAGUGGUCUGUAUGGAGAAUGCUGAUAUCGGUCCUUGUAGAGGAUAUUUCAAAAGGUGGGCAUUCGAGCCACGUAAAUUAAUGUGCGUUCCAUUCGGUUAUGGCGGUUGUCGAGGUAACAGGAAUAAUUUCCUCACAUUUGAAGAGUGUACUCAAACUUGUGAUGUCGUUCGAGCUGUUCUAUCUGGAGAAAAUCCAAAGCAAACAGCAACAAUUACUCAACCACGUGCCAAUUUAUCGAAUUUGACACCUGUCGAUUGUGAGCUUUCUGAAUGGUCUCCUUGGUCACCGUGCAGUGUCACUUGUGGUACAGGACGAGUUGUUAGUUAUCGUACUAUCAAGCGCGAAGCUGAAAAUGGUGGUCGAGCAUGUCCGAAAAAAUUGCAAAAACGAUCUAGAUGUCAAUUGGCACCAUGCAAUUAAAUAAAAAAAGAUGAAUUUAAAAUAAAACAUUAUUAAGCGAAGAAAUGAUACAAUUUCUAAGUCGUCUGAAAUAAAAUAUUUUUAUAAAUGUAAGAAAUCUACGAUGUGAAAUAAAAAAGAUCGUCGUGUGUA